AACGUCAUUAUUUGUCUGCAAUUUUGUAUGGAGGUGUGUGCUUAGGUUAUAAAAAUUAUGAACUUUGAAUAAAUUCAUUUAUAAUAAUUAAUUCAUUGCUUUGUCCUCUAAAGAAAGACUAUUUUAGUGAAAUGUCUACAAUAUCAUCUGCACCAGCUCCUGGCAUGCACCAGAUCGAUUUGUCGAAGCUAAAUCUACAGCAGUUGUCUAAGCUCAAACAGCAAUUGGAUCAAGAACUUAAUGUUUUUCAAGACUCGUUACAAACUCUCAAAAUUGCUCAAGGGAAAUUUGUUGAAUCCGGCGAAAGUGUUGAAAAAAUAACGCCGGAAACGAAAGGAAAGACUAUCCUGGUUCCUCUAACGGGUUCAAUGUAUGUCCCUGGCACAAUAAUUGAUACUGAUAAUGUUAUAAUAGAUGUUGGUACUGGAUAUUAUGCACAAAAAGAUAUAGAAGGUGCCAAAGAUUAUUUUAAACGGAAAGUACAGUUUGUAACUGAACAAAUGGAGAAGAUACAAAUGAUGGGAAUAGAGAAAUCAAAAGUACGAGAAGCUAUUAUGAUGAUGAUGGAAAUGAAAGUUCAGGCACAGGCUCAGGCUCAAAAAGCAACUGCAUCAUAACAUUUGUGUUUUUUAAAUUAAUCUCUUAACCAUAUAAUCCCUCAUUAAUUUUAAUGCAAUAGUGCAUUUAUUAUUUUUGCACUUAAUUAUCAACAAUUAAGGAUGAGAAGAUGGUUAAUUGUCAGUUGCUUUCUUUGCUGUAUUAAAACUUAAGAUCUCACUGACCUUGGUGUAUCAGGCAAAAUGUACGUACAAAUACACAUUACAGGAUUUCAGAGUAAUGAUGGUUAAGUCUAAAACUGAACGCCCCUCUCAGUGUUUAUGUGUAAAUAACGUGUAUGGAUCAUUGCCGGAUGACAAACUAGUGAAUAAAUAAUGCAAUUUCACUUUUAUUUCAUUUUAAAGUGUUUGGACAUAUCAAUCACACUGAUACAUUGUAGCACAUGAUUGUGAGCUACAGAAUGUACAUCAUUUUUGGUUUAAUAAUUUUAUUUAGAUUUAAUUUAUAUACCUAAUAAUUGGUUAUUUUCUUAAUCUUGAAUUUUGUGCCCUUCUUCAAUAGUAUGUAUGAACAGCACCACUUGUCUUAUUCAAACUUGUAGACAGGCUUGCUGCUUUGGGUUUUAUUUAUAUAUUUGAGCGCAUAUUUUCUAUGACCAACAUUCUGCCUGAUGUCAAAUUUACUUGGGAAUUUGAGUUGAGACUACCACACUUAUUGAACAGGUUUUAGUUUUGGAAAAUAAGUGCUAUGUCCAUGUUAUUACAUUGUGGUAGUCUUGAUAAUAUAAUAUCAUGCAUACAUCUUUUAAUAAAUAAUAUUAUUGUGUAACGUAAAUCAAAAAAGCACUAAUCCAUUUAAUAUAUUUUUAAUUGCAGAGUUCAUAAUUCACCAUCAUUUUCUUUUGAUGUACUAUCUAAUUUCGCCAUUAAUUUGUAAUGAUAAUCUGAAAGAACUUUUGUGAUGUGUGGUGAGAUUACUUGGUUUGUUAUAAUUUUUUUUAAGGAAUGUUGAUAUAAAGCUGAAA